UGCGAUUUCAGUCAAUCCAUUCUGAUUUCCAAGCCAUACUCUGAAAAAUAACUACGCUGUACUAUACAUGUCUUCAUAGGUUUGUCAAAAAUAUGUUGAAUCGGAUUAUGUGGUGGAAUACUUUUAAGUUUUUUAAAGCCAAUGUUGUCAUUGUUUUACAGGGCCUCAUAAGUGGUGACAUCAACAAAGUUCCAACUUCAAGCAAUAGUAAAAUUAAGGCUUACCUCAAAGACCAGUUUGCCAAAUUGAUGACAACAUGCAUCAUCCUUCGAAUCGCAGAUUUUAAUGUUCACAAAGUUCCGUUCAAGCGAAGAUCCAAUUCCGUUUCCCAGGCUUUCAUUAAAGGUCACCGUAGAAGGACUUCAAAAGGGAUACCAGGUAUUGCCCUUGAGCGUUGAUUAUGAAGUUUGC